GAGAUCUUAUAAUCCAUGCUUGGGAAACACACUAUAUAAAGAGAGUUCCAGUGCAAAGUUGAGAAAUCAGAGUUACAAGGUAACAUUCAUCCAAGAAAGUGAAUACAUUAAUAUUCAAAGUUAGAGAAUAUGGGAAGUUCAGUUGGGUUGAGGCAUUGGGUUCAACUCAGCUAUGCAAUUGUAUUUUGCAUAGUUGCUAGCAGUGUUGCUGCUUAUGAAUCACCACCACCUUCACCUUCUUCUCCAUAUGUUUACAAUUCACCACCUCCUCUAUCUCCUUCACGUCCUCUACGGUAUGUUUACAAGAGCCCACCACCACCCACUCCAUCACCACCACCUCAGUAUGUCUACAAAUCUCCUCCUCCACCAUCUCCCUCGCCAUUCCCACCAUAUAUUUAUAAAUCACCACCACCUCCAUCCCAUUCACCUCCACCUCCAUAUGUUUACAACUCACCGCCACCACCAUCCCCAUCUCCCCCACCUUCAUAUGUUUAUAAGUCUCCACCCCCACCAUCACCUUCACCACCACCUCCAUAUAUUUAUAAAUCUUCUCCUCCACCAUCUCCUUCACCACCCCCUCCAUAUACCUACAAGUCCCCACCCCCACCAUCACCUUCAUACAUUUAUAAUUCUCCUCCUCCAACAUCUCUUUCACCAUCUCCUCCAUACAUCUACAAGUCACCCACACCACCAUCCCAUUCACCACCCUCUCCAUAUGUGUACAAGUCCCCACCCUCGCCAUCUCCCUUUCCACCACCCCCGUAUGUUUACAAGUCUCCUCCCCCACCGUCCUUCUCUCCUCCUCUACGAUACUAUUAUAAGUCCCCUCCUCCAUAUGCUUACAAAUAUCCACCCCCUACAUCUCCUUCACCUCCUCCACCAUAUGUCUAUAAGUCACCACCACCUCCUUCAUCUUCACCACCUCCUCCAACCUAUAUUUAUAAGUCACCACCACCUCUUUCAUCUUCACCACCUCCCCCAACCUAUAUUUAUAAGUCACCACCACCUCCUCCACCUUCACCACCUCCUCCAUACUACUACAAAUCUCCACCCCCUCCAUCUCCUUCACCUCCUCCAUCUUAUGUCUAUAAGUCACCACCACCUCCUUCACCUUCACCACCUCCUCCACCCUAUAUCUAUAAGUCACCACCACUUCCUCCACCCUAUAUCUAUAAAUCACCACCACCUCCUUCACCUUCACCACCUCCUCCUCUGUACUAUUACAAAUCACCACCUCCACCUUCUCCAUCACCUCCCACACCUUAUGUCUACAAGUCACCGCCACCUCCUUCACCAUCAACGCCGCCUCCUUAUAUUUACAAGUCACCACCUCCACCAUCUUCAUCACCUCCUCCAUACCAUCACUACCUCUACAACUCGCCCCCACCUCCCGUGUAUUAAGCUUUCGACUAGAGAUAUCUGAGUUGUUUUCAAUGAAUAAUGUUAAAAAUUGUUGUGCUGAAUCUAAAUUUAAGCUUUAUCAAAUUAAACAAUCUACAUUCUACGUUGAACUAAGAGCCUUAUUUUGGUUCUAAUGCAAUUGGGCAUGUAUAUUGUUAAUUCAUAAGUUAAUAUUCAUCUAUUUUCUUUA